AUGUCAAAUUGUACUUGUUCGAGUCUUAUGGAAGCCAAAGCAAUUCUUCUAAAAACAGGUAAUGCAAUACUGUCUCAUCGUCAAGUUGGUAAAGUUGAAGCAUCAUGGACAGUACUAGGCAUUCCUUUAUAUCAUUCAUCAAUAAGAUGCAAAAGUUUAUAUAUUUCUUUACCAUGGGAAGAAGAAAGAAUACUGAAACGUGGACGAACUCACGUAAGUAACACAGAUGACUUUGUUGAAUCACUUACGCAUCGAUAUAUAAAACGACCAUUUACUCCUUCUGUAAUUAAUCACAUGACUCUCUUUGAAUUCUUAACUUGGUUUGAUUAUGAUCGAUCUUCUUCAAUGCAAUUACAAGAAACAUUGAAAGAACCACUCGUUGAAAAUCCUCUUUGGCGUACUGACUUUAAUCAACCACCAUUACUGAAAACUUCAAAUUUUCUUCCUCGGAUCGUUUUAUCAUGUGGUUCAGUAUUGAUUCAACAUAAAGAACCAGCAUGUAUUAGUUUUACUUGUCGUUAUGAUGAUUCAAUGUUGGCUAUGUACUCAAUGCUUUCUAUUGGAAUUCCAUAUCGAGACCCAAUUAAAGAAUUCCUGGGUGAAAAUGAUUUGAACGCUAUCCAUAAAUUAUUGCUGAACAAUAAAUCCGAGAUAUUACAACGAUUUUCUACAUUACCUGGAGCCUACAAAAUACAAAUGAUCAAUGCAGUUGAACAUUUAUGUGACUUAAAUGCUCAUGAUUUUGUUAUCAAACCACGAACGUCAUUUAUAUUUACGACCGAAGAUGAAGAAGACGUAGAUGAUGAAACAAGCAACAAUAUACAACAAAUGAAUGAUAGUAACAUUACCAAGAGUAAUAAAGAUUCCUGUAAGCGUGUUUUCUCUGAAAACAUUGAUGAAGAUGACCAAGAACACUUGAAUGUUAAUCAAAAUAUGACAAUGAAUUGCCCUUCCAGUCGUACUGAAGAGUUGCUAUUAUCAGCCAAUACACAACAGCUUUUUUUGGCAAAUUUUUUUAGACAAUAUCUUGCAGCAUUGAUGCGAUAUGAAGAAAGCCGAUAUCGCUCUCAAAAAAUCUCAAAACCAUUACCUUUUCAUAUAGUUGUGAAUGGUUUAGCGGGCUCUGGAAAAUCCUAUGUUAUCUCUAUUAUUGAACAGAUGUUAAUUGAGUUUUGUAUUAGUGAAUCAGCUACUCGAAAUCGUCCACGUAGACUAAAAGGAUUACUUAAGAUGGCUCAUACUGGCAAAGCUGCUUUAAAUAUUCAUGGUUGGACUAUACAUACUGCUCUAGGCAUGCGUCCUGACAACACAUCUACACCGAAUAAUGCUCCAUCCUUUAAAAUACAUUCGAUUCGACAACGACUUGGUGAUUUGAUUUUAAUAAUCAUCGAUGAAGUGUCACUUGUGUCUUACAAUCUUUUUCAAAAAGUGAACAAACGACUAAACGAAGUGUUUGAAGUAGCCGACAAAACUGACGCCUAUUUUGGAAACAUUCCAGUUUUAUUAUUUGGCGACUUAGCACAAUGUGAACCAGUUGCUGCCAAACAAAUUUUUUGGCGACCUUCCGGUGAAAGUUUCUCACUUUGGUCUGAUUUAUUCAGACCAAUCAACUUCAAUAUCAACAUGCGACAAGGUGAAGAUAGAGAGUUCUUCGAUAUUCUAUGUCGGAUAAGAUUAGGUAUACCAUUCUUUACUGAUAGUAGACAUGAUAGUAAAAUCUUUUCAGGUGAAUACAAUGAACAAGAUGAAAUGAAGAUCAGAAGUAGAAGUAUUCGAAAAGAAGAUAACUCUCUUUACUACAAAGAAAGAUUAGCAGAAUUAGAGUCAACAGACUUUCAAAAUGCCAUAUAUGCAUUCAGUGUAAGAACCAAAACAAAUGAAAGAAACUCUAUAAAACUUCAAGAAACAGCAAUGAAACUAAAAACUUCAAUAUGGAUAAUUCAAUCCAUUGACAAAGUUGGCAUGGCUCGGUCAUUAUUUUUUAGUCCAGUACAAGCAAGUAAAAAAGCAUGCAAAAUUGAUUUAAAACCUUCUGAUGAUGAAAAUGAGUGUGCAUCUAUGUUUGAGCAAUUACCAAUAUGUAUUGGCGCACGUGUAAUAUGUCGACGUAAUAUUGAUUUUGAUGGAAAAAUGGUGAACGGAACCGAAGCAAUCAUAAAAGAUAUAGUAUGGGAUAAAGAUGAUAAUAUUAUGUUACCAAUGUCAAAUCGAUGUGUUUUUCCAAAUUUAAACCGAGCAUUAACUGUGAAAUUACCAAAAUAUAUUGAACUCGAAUUAGAUAAUGGUUCAAUGUAUAAAAUGACUCCAGAAGAAGUUAGUUUCAAAGACCAAAAUGGUGUAUCGAUGACAAGAAAACAAUAUCCACUCAGUUUAGGCUAUGCAAUAACAGUACACCGAUCACAGUGUAUGACUUAUAAUAAGCUAGUCGUCGAUUUAACUGGUGUAAAUUGGAAGCCUGAGUGGUGUCUACCGAAUUCAUCUGAUUCUGAGCAAAUAUCACCAACAAUAUCAAAUACGAAUAAAGAAUUGUUAUCAAAUACAAAUAAUAAAUUAAUAUCAAAUACAAAUAAUAAAUCAAUAUCCAAUUGCAUCAACACAAAACAAAUACAGUUAGAAUGCAUGUUACCGAUCACAACUAACUCAAUAACAAAACCCGAACAUGUUAUCAUUUGUGAGGAACAGGAAGAACACUUUUGUGGACGACAUGCUCUACGUGCACUCUCACAAAGACUUGAUUUAUUUAGUGAUGAGUAUUUAUUUGAUAUCGCUGAAAAUAUAGCAGCUACAGAGCAAAUAUGUCGAAGUGGACAACCAGUACAACUUACCGAUUACUAUUACAAAUACACGGGAGAUUAUGAUAUUCAAGUGCUGCAGCUUGCUCUUCAGAAUACAUUGAACGUGCACCUUCUACGAAUCGAUAAGUUAGAACAUACUGGCUGUCCUAUUCGGAAUCUUAUUUUAUCAAAUAUUGAACAUAUUCAAGCAUUUCUAAUUCAACAAGAUUAUCACUACUAUUGUCUUCGUAGUUUUCGAUCGACUAAAGAUUAUUUCUUUAAAAUUGAUUCUAAAUAUUCAAUGUACCAUGAACCUAUUCGUCGUGGACGGUUAUUCGAAUAUCUUGCAGAACUUCUCAAUUCAAACUCCGCUAUCUUUGUCAUCAUAGAACAUACAGCACAAAAUUUAAAUGAACAAAUUACUAUCAAUAAUAUUCAAAAAGCAUUAUGGCCUUUACCAGAUGCUCCUGCUGAUUUUGAACUUUUUCCUGGGUUUGGUUUAUCAGAUAAAUAA